UGUCACUAAGCCCUUGUAAAAUCAGCCCUGGACUCUAGCAAUGGAGGAAACUGUUUAUCGGAUAGUGAAAAGAAAGAAGAUCCUUCUUGAUUGCUGUAGUAGUCUUAAACAAGAGAGCAAAGCAAAAAAUGCCUACAACUAGCUUGCCCUUCUAUAAAAUGGCGGACAAAGGCAUUCUUGUGUGAAUGAUUGCUCACAGCUUUAAUUGUUAUUUGCCAGCCUGAAAUCGAUCAUCUUCCAUGUUCUGCUUUGAUUGAUAUUGGAGGUGGAUAAAGGGGGAACGACGUAUCUUCCUUUACUUAGUUUUGUUUAAGUCAAGGAUCUUCCAUCUUGGCUGAAAGAUGAAGCCCUCAAAAGGAAUAUCUUGUCGCAAAAGGCUUUUUAUAUUGGAGCACGCUUCAAGUCACCAGAGAGAGCUGAUGGGAGUAUGUGAAGAACCAGAACUAGUUCACUAGACUGUGAAACAGAGUUUUAAGCUUGUCAGUGGUCUGAAAAGGAAAUAGCUAUACCUUAGUAACCCUGCCUUCCAAUUAUUUCAGCAAGCCAGUGGAAAGAAAGGGUGAGGAGACACUUGAAUGAUCAACUUCCAAAAUGACUGAAUGGUUCAGAAUGAGGCAAUCAGCCUGCUGCGUGAAUCUGCUUUACUCAAUGAAUCCAAGCCUCUUCAUUAAAUUGCUGACCCUUCUCCUAUUAUGUAAACACGUUUAUUCCCACUGCAAGAUUUCGCGCUGUAACUCUGAAUUUAUAGAGGCCACAGAAAACUUGCAUGGUCCUGAAAUGAACACUGCUUACUGUAACGCCUUGAGCUCCUACUCCAGCUGCACCCGGAGGACAGCUCGCACUUGCCGUGGGGACCUGGCAUACCAUGCAGCUGUUUAUGUCAUUGAAGACCUCAUAAUUCAGAACAACUGUUCCAAGGAAGAGCCAACAGCUUUGCCAAGACCCCCAGCACUGGUACCCAACAAACAUGAUUUUCCAUCCACAGAUACCUGUGACUAUGAGAAGAGUUUUAUCCGUAAACGUGGCCAGCCCCCCACAUACCAGUAUUGUGCUGUCUUUGGGAAUCUUCAUGUCCGGACUUUCAGUGACAAAUUCUACACUUGCCAAGUUGAAGGCUCCUGGCCACUUCUGGACAACCAUAAUUUGUUUGUGCAGGCCACUAAUUAUCCUAUCACGAAAGGAUCAAAUGUCACUAGAAUUGGCAAGCUUACCAUCAUAUUUAAGAACAUGAAAGAGUGCAUUGAGGAGAAAGUCUACCAGGCAGAAAUGGACAACCUGCCAGUUGCAUUCACAGACGGCUCAGUGAAUGGUGGCGAGAAGCCUGGAGGGAAUAGCUUAACCAUUCAUGAACAUAUACCUGGACAGUACAUAAUCAUCAAAGCAACAUACAUUGGUGCCACCAUUGCUGUGCGCCAGAUAGGGAAGCACUUGUUCUUCUCUACCCGGAUAGCUAAGGAUGUAGCAUUCUUCUUCACAGAUGAACAGGACCUCCAGCUGUGUGUGUCAGGAUGCUUUUUCAGCCAGCGCAUCUCUAUACAUCCAAAAGACAGCCUCACCAGAAAGAAUGCCCAUCUGCUAUGUAUGGAGAAGCUACCAGUUGAAGAUGUCUACUUCCAGUCAUGUGUCUUUGAUGUGAUGACUUCAGGAAAUGUUAACUUUACUCAAGCAGCACAGAGGGCAUCAGAAGAUGCCAGAAUACUCCAUCCUGAUAAUGAGAAAACUCACAUUUUCCACAGUGACAGGACUUCUCAUCCUUCCAGCUCAUCCUUCCUUCUCUUGAUCAUCACUGUGCUACAACUGUAUAUUUGAAAAUUUCAGUGGUGACUAGCAUAUUUUGUAAGCCCAGGGGAUCAGCAAAUAUGGUUCAUUUCUCAAGUGCUGAUAGAUGAGCUACCCCAGCCUGUCUUGUAACUAGAGUUAGGGGUCCCCUCCAAGCUUUUCUGUGGAAAGGGGUGUUUGCUGAGAGUUCCUUUUCACCUGUCUUCCCUUACUACUUCCCCAAACUUAACCUGGCAAAGUGGGGAUGAUGGAAGAGAAUCAACAAGGAAAACUGUCUGACAUUGAUCUUGUGAAUGUCCAGUGUAAACCUCAUUCUUAAGACCUGGAACAUUCCUGGAAGUCAGGAAUACUUUUCAGUCCUAUGAUGAAUGGGAUUUAUAGUUCCUAAUGUCUCUUAGUGCAAUUAAUCAAGAGGGCCUUGCACUAUAAUUCCCACAUAACCUAGUGACAGUUGUGAGCUGGAACCCUUUCCCUGAAUUUGAGUAUAUCCUUAGUUAAGAUUCUAAAUUACUGAUGACUGCUAAGAUGAAGGAAAUUCUUUGGGAUUAAUUUGGGCACUCAGUUGCUUUAAGUUGGUUUGUUAAGAUUUAAUAAACUUGAGACUACUAGUGCUAAAUAUUCUUUGGCACCUUAAAAUAUCUGGACAGGUUGAAUGUUGUAAGCCAUCUUUUCUCAGCAUUCUGUUUACUCACCAUCUUUUCUGGUUUAUUUAAUCUCUUCUGAAAACUGGAAAACCAUAGCUAUCUACAGAAAUAACACUGAGGCUGCAUUGCCUCUUUCAUUAAGUUUUAGUUUGCAAAGUCAGUGUUUUUAGAAAACAGCUUUGCUCUAAGCAUCUAUAAUGAUUUGUUUAUAACAGAAGGGAAAGUGGGGAUUCCUCAAAAUGUAAGGGCUACUCAGAUGCAAUCACUAUAAAUGCUUAAACUAUAAAUGCAGCCAGAAAAAAAUUUCUUUUUACCCACUACUUCUUUUUCUUUUUCAGAUAAACUGCAGUUGUUUUCUUCCCCUUGACAGCUCAGAAUGUAGAAUCUACAGAGUAAAAUUUGAACAGCAGUUCCCAAUAUAUACUUGAAUUAGGUUGGUUCCAUUAUUAAAGUCAGAGACAAGAUAGCAUUUUAAGAGCAUUGGAUGUGGAUUGAAAUGGGGCUUGGCUUGCUUCCUAAUUGCUUUGUGUUUCUAAUACCUGUGAGCAAAGUGGCAGUGCAGAUUUUUAGAACAUCACAACUCCUUUGCACUAGCAUUCACCCACACACAAACAGGCUAAAGUAAAAGGACUAUGUAUAAGAUCUCUACUGGUUUCCAUUUCAGUGCUGUAGUGUCCUUAUUUGGAGAAGUUAAUCGAGAAUAUAUUUUAAGGAUUAUGGUUUGUGGAUGCAAUCAAGUUAUAUGUUCUAUUGUUCAUAUCCCACGAGUUUCAAUAUAAUUUUUAUGGAUUGAAUAUCUGGCAAAAACAUGCCUUAAACAUGCAGAAUGUUGGGGAGGUGUUUAUACAGAUGUGUGAUGACCCAAACUAACAUACUCUGAUUGGAAAAAUGAUUCAGGGGUAUAAAUGAAAACAGUUUA